CACUGUUUUCUCCAUUUACUCUUUGAAACUAAUCAAUCAGCCUUCAACUCAACGGACUUGUCCCAUCAAAUCCCAGACAGUUCCAGCAUACUCCACUCCCCAUCUGGUCAGCCGGAGUGAACAGAAUGGGUUGAUUAAGGGACAGAUUGGAGUGUGCUGCCGAGUGAAGAUGUAAAUAUCCCGCAGUGGCAUUCCCUCUCCUGAUGUUUUAAUGUGCUCAGGUCUGUCCCAGCAUUCCAGUCCCAAAAAUCAAGGAGGCGGAGAAAAACAGCACGAAAUUUCCUCAUCAAGUUAUGGAUUAAAUGUCGAAUUUCUGAAGGCAACAUGAUUUUGUCCUCUCUCAGUUUGGUGCUGAUGGUCGGCUCUGCUUGCUUCUGGAGUACAAUUGCUGAAAAAGAAAUAAAGAAGAUUGAAGAACAGGAUGUUAUUCUACCAUGUCAACAUCGGUUUGGUCACUUAGUAACAAAGAAUCUGGAUAUUGAGUGGCUUUUACAAGACUCUGAACCAAAUCAGAAAGUUGUGAUCACCUACUCAUUGGGUUCUGUGUAUGAGAACAUAAGUGCAAAGCAGAGAGGAAGAAUCUCCUUUGCAGCAGAUUACGUGAUGGGCGAUGCUUCCAUUAAAAUUUCCUCCCUGCAGGCAACAGAUUCUGGACUGUACACAUGCAAAGUAAAGAAUGCAGGAGAGUAUGAUCUGAAGCCUGCUAUUAAUCUUGUGGUUUUGGUCAGACCUUCUAAACCCAAGUGCUGGACACAAGGGCAGUUACUGCAAGGAAAUGACGUCAAACUUCAGUGUAGAUCAGAGAGAGGCACUGAACCUAUCUUCUACAUGUGGGAACAUCUGGAUGCAGAAGGACAAAGGGCCAAAGUUCAUCUAGAUUCAAAAACCCCAGAAAUGUUGCUGCUGCGGAACUUGAGCCAGACGAAUGCUGGACUGUACCGGUGCAGUGCUACCAACGAGGCAGGGCAGGAAAGCUGCUCGGUGAACAUCACAGUUAUGUAUGCAAAAGACCCUGGGAUCAUUGCUGGUGCUGUUAUCGGAGUUAUACUUGGGCUGCUGUUAAUCUUCCUUAUUGUUUGGUUUACACUAUACAGGAAAGCAAAACAUAAAUAUGAGGAAGAGGAACAACCGAAUGAGAUAAGGGAAGAUGCUGAGGCACCAAAGGGAAAGCUUAACAGCACACAGUCCUCUGUGGGUACAGGAAGCACACAGUCUGGUUCCUGCUCUGUUAAGUCCAUCAGAAAUGGCACCCCCUGCUCCCAGCAACCUCGCACACUAUCGGCCAAAGACGAGAAGAUGCUCAUUUCAUACACACCAACUGAGGAAGUGAAGAUCAACAAGAAUGGACCAACACAGGCACAUAUGAAAAGAAUGGGAGCUGUUCCUGUUAUGAUCCCAGCUCAAACCAGGGCUUUUCAGACUGUAUGAAUACUGUUUGGUUGGGAAAGGGAACUGUUUUACUGGCUCAUUAGGGAGCUUUCACUAAUUGGGGGAGAUACUCAUCUUUGGCUGCCUAAGCUGAACUUGUGUGAAAAUAUCAGCCUGUGGAUGAACAAACAUUUGGUUCUAUUUACUUCAAUGGAAUAGGAUGUUGGAAGGGGAAUAUAAUUGGUAUCAAAUUGGGUUUAUUAUUGGCAAACAAAGACAAAUUUUGCCCAUUAAUUUUAAUUUUAAGUGUGAAACUUCCCCACCCACAUUUCCAAUGUUGACAUGAGAAAAUUAUGUUGAGCAAACUGGGUAGAAUUACCUAAACCAGACAUCAUCUCAUAUACUGACUGGAUUAGGGAAAUGUAUCCAGAUAUCUUUUGAACAGAUUAAUCUAGUUUGUACAUCAAUGUUUCUUAGCAGCCUUCUAAUUUUGUGUGAAUUCCUUAUGAAUCUGAUGAAAUUUUGUGUGUUAUUUUGUUGUGACCUGGGUAAGUGAUGUUCUGAAUGUUUCAGAGUGUUAUUGAAAUUGGAGGGGAGGUGUUUGGUACUUUAUAACAGUUUCCCUUGAGUAAAGGUACAAGGUAGCAUGGUAGAAAAAGAGCAGGAGAAUUAUCACUGGUGUUCUGGCCAAUUUUAUCACUCAGGCAAAAUUAUCUGGCUACUAUCACAUUGCAGUUAGUGGGAGUUUGUUAUGCACGAGUUGCCUACUGAAUUUCCUACACUACAGAUGACUACAAUUUAAGAGUAUUUUCUUGGCUGUAAAGGACUUUAAAAUGACCUAGGGCUAUGAAAGGCAUCACAGACAUCCAAGCUUUUUUCUACUUUUCUCUUCAACUUUAUUCUGAUCUGCAACUGGAUCUAAUUUUGCAAAGAAGUAAUCCUCCAGUGUGAAGAUUCCAGAUUCUUCUGGUAGUUAGCCUAUUCCCAAUAUGUUUCUUACAUAUUUACAGUCAGCUCAUUCUUAACUGAUAUUGUACAACCUUUUCGUCUAUCUCAUUCUAUUGCAUGUAAUAGAGUUCCUUGGUAAUUUCACGCUGUGCACAUGUAGCACUUACACCCAAAAUGCACACAAAGGGAGAAUGAUCUUUGAACUAGUCAUAAGCAGUUUACUACAUGUUUCAUAGUUCUAAAUUCAUGCUUAUAUAAUAUACAAGUAGCAGAGCACUGCUAUAUCUUGGUUUCAUCAGUAAUAGUGACACAGGAGGAUAUUGGUAAAUGGGAGAAAAUUUCCAUGAAAUGACAAAUAUAGAAAUGAAUUGAUGUCAAUUCAUCAUAGGUGUAUACAUUGGCACAUGACAUUUGUGUGAACAUUAUCUGCUAAACAAAAAAACUAAUUUAUUUAAAAAACAAAAGCAAAAUAUUGCAGAUGCUGAAGAUCUGAAUAAAGAGAAAAUUUUGGAAAUGCUCCGCAGUCAGGCAUCAUGUAUGGAAAGAUCAAGUUAAUAUUUUUGACUGAUGAUUUUGCAUCAGAAACUCAUCCCUUGAAAUAUUAACCCCAAUCCUUUCUGCAUAUACCUUGCCUAACUUGUUUAAUACCUCUAGCAUUUUUUGUUUUGAAUUUCCUUUUAUUUUUACUUAGCUUUGUCGACUGUAGUUUUUAAUAAACUAAAUAUUUUUUGAAUGAAAAACACAGACAAUCUGCUUUGUGCAGAUUGUGCUGUCUUUCCUAUGAGAUGUAUUAUGAUCACCUUGAAUAUGUUCAAUGCACUUUGAUGAGUACCCUUCAAUACUACAAGACUGGUAAUUUCAAUAUUUGAGAACAAAAUUAAUUCCAUUUUAAGUCCCCCAGCCUAUUUUAUGAUUCAACAAAUUCUUGACUCAAUGUAUAUCUUUGAUCCUAACAACUUUUUUUUGUAUAAUUAGUUUAGUUUUAGUAGCUGAGAAAAUGUACGCUAAAUUCCCUUAAUGUUGCUUUGGAAGACUUAAGGACACUUUGUAAUUGGCUUUUUUAAUCAUAUAAUGGUAAUUUUUUUCCCCCAUUCUCUUUAUCCCCAGGAUUUUUAGAAGAAUUUGUACCAUUUCCAAGUAAUUCGUCCUAUCAGGUGGAUAGAUGUCAUACUUAGAAGCUGUGGACUGUGAUUAUAAUUGUUAUAGUUCUUUAUUGUUUAGGAAAAUGUAUAUGGGAUAAUAACAAUCAACAAGAUAAAGAAUUAGGUAAAGUAAAAAUCUCACUACAUAUUUUUCUGAAAUUUCAUUAGCUAACUGAGAGGACAACAGAUCCACUGUUUCACAUUUGUUGCUAGCUAAAAAUCCAAAAAUACUGGAGGUACUUAGCAGGCCAUAUAGCACCUGAUGAAAGGUCACCGAGCUGAAACGUUAACUCUAGUUUCUCCCUGCAUAAGUUUGGACUAACAGGGUCUGAGAGUCACUCGGCAUUGAAGUAUUCAGUCCAUCAUGUCCAUGGUGACCUGUGGGCACCCAUUCAUGUUAAUUCCAUCUUCCAGCAUUUUGUCCACAGUCUUCAAGUGGUCAUCUACACACUUCAUUGAUGUUCUCAGAAAUUCCUCUUACCCCGAUCUCUCUGGCAAAGUAUUCCAGGAAAAUGUUCCCCAGCGAUCCCCUCUAAAUCUCUUACCCUUACCAAAAUCUAUAUCCUCCAACUUUUUCUACCUCUGAUGUGUUGAAAAGUUUCUUACAGUCUACUCUGUCUAUAUUUCUCAUAACUUUAUAUACCCCAAUCCUGUUGCAUGUUAAGCUCUGCUGCUCCAAAGGAAACAGAUUGAGCUUCUCCAGUCUCCCUUAACAGAGACUGUUAAUAGCUUCCAUCCCUAGCAACCCCCAGUGAAUCUCCCCUGCAUCCUAUCCAACAUGUUCACAUCCUUCCUAUAGUGGGUGACCAGAACUACAUGCACUACUCCAGUUGAGGUCCAAUGAAUGAUUUAGUAAGUUGGAGCAUAACAUCCCUUCUCUUUUAUUCAGUGCCUUGGCUAAUGAAGACCAGUAUCCCAUAUGCUUCCUUAACUGCAUUAUCUACCUGCAUUGCCACCUUCAAGGAUCUUUAAACUUGUACACCAAGUUCUCUCUGAUCUUCAAUACUCCAUAAGGUCCCACCAUUUGUGGUAUAUGUCCUAGCCUCGUUAGUGUUCCCAAAAUACAUCACCUCACAUUUAUCUGAUUAAACUCCACCUACCACUUCUCAGCUCAUUUCAUCAACACAUCAAUAUCACCCUGUCUUAAUGUCAUCUGUGAACUUACUGAUCAUGCCUUCUACAUCCACAUCAAAAUCAUUCACAUAUAUCACAAACAGCAAGGGUCUCAGCACUUGACCCUUGUGAAACACUAUGAGUUACAAGCAUCCAAUCACAAAAACAACUCUCAACUCUCUACUAUCACCCUCUGUCUCCUGUUGAGAAGCCAAUUAUAAAUCCAAUUAACCAAAUUGCUCUGGGUCCCAUGGGCUGUAUGCAGCAACCCAUGUGGGAUCUUGUCAAAUGCCUUACCGAUGUCUAUGUAAACCACAUCUACUGUACCUCCCUCAUCAAUAGCUUGUUACUUACUGCCUGUUAUGCCUGCAGGUGUUCAGGGCAUCAAUGAAUGUCCUCCAUCUCUGUCUUUCCUCUUGGUCUUGGCAGUGUUCAGGGCUUCUUUCAUCACACCAGUAGCUUCCUCUUGGUUUUCACUACUGUCAGCCAUACAAGUCCCGGGUGAAGCCUCAGGAAUACCUUCACACUCAGAUGUAGAAGGAUUCUUCAUUGCUGUUUCCAUAACAAUUUUGUUUGACUAGUCAGGGUUGUUAGCAUUGAGCUGAACCCCCCAAACCUAGAGGACCAGUGGACCACUCCUAGACUGGCCUUUAACCUUUGACUUGUUUGGCAUGGGUGACCCUACCAAAAGCCAAAUCAUAAAGCGCUGACUCCGGCCAACAUAGCUCUCUGGUUCAUUGAGGCAUGCAAACCUCCAAACCACAACAAGGUUGUGGUCCUCUUGAGGAGUGGCUUGUUACCUUUUCAAAAAGUUCAGGCGGAUUGGUCAGACAGAAUCUAACCUUGACAAACUGUGGUGGCUAGCCUUGUGAUUAAGUCCUGCCUUUCCAAGUGAUCAUGAAUCUUGCCCCUCAAAACCCUUCCCAAUAACUUCCUUACAACUGAUAUCUUCAAAGAACGGGUUUUCCUUUCUUGAACUAUUGCUGCUACCUUCACCCACAUCUCCUCUAUUUCCCGAACAUCCACACUCAUCCCAUCUUCCCAGCACCUUAACAGUGAUAGAGCUCCUCUUGUCCUUACCUACCACCCAAUGAGCCUCCGCAACCAACAUGUCAUUGUCUGAAACUUGUGCCAUCUCCAAAGGGAUCAUAAUACUAAACAUACCUUUACCUCCCCGCUCCCUCGCCACCUUCCGCAGGGAUCGGUCCCUUUGCUAAUCCCUUGUCCAUUUGUCCCUCCCCACUUCCUGGCACUUAUCCCUGCAAGCAGAACGAGUGCUACACCUGCCAAUUCACCUCCUCCCUCACCUCCAUUCAGGGCCCUAAGCAGUCCUUCCAGGUGAGGCAAUACUUCACUUGCGAAUCAGCUGGGGUCAUCUAUUGUGUCUGGUGCUCCCAAUGUGGCCUCCUCUAUGCUGGUGAGACCCGUCGUAAAUUAGGGGACCUCUGUUCCAUCCGCCAAAAGCAGAACUUCCGGAUGUCCAAACAUUUUAAUUUGGAUUCCCAUUUCCGUUCAGAAAUGUUGGUCCACGGCCUUCUCUUUUGCCAAGAAGAGGCCACUCUCAGGGUGGAGGAGCAACACCUUAUAUUCUGUCUGGGGUAGCCUCCAAUGGCAUGAAUUUUGAUUAUUCCUUCUGGUAAAAAAAUUUUCCAUCCCCCCUCCCCUCUUCUAUUCCCCACUCUGACCUUUUACGUCUUCUCAUCUACCUAUCACUUCCCCCUGGUUUCCCCCCACCUUCCCUUUCUCCUAUGGUCCACUCUCCUCUCCUAUCAGAUUCCUUCUUCACCAGCUCUUUACCUUUUCCACCCACCUAGCUUCACCUAUCACCUUCUCGCUAUCCUCCUUCCCCUUCCCCCAACCUUUUUAUUCUGGAAUCUUCUCCCCCCCCCACCCCCAUCCCUUUUCAGUCCUGAUGAAGGGUCUUGGCCCGUAACAUAAACUGUUUAUUUAUUUCCAUAGAUGCUGCCUGACCCGCUGAGUUCCUCCAGCAUUUUGUGUGUGUUGCUUUGGAUUUCCAGCAUCUGCAGACUUUCUAGUGUUUAUGAUCUGGCUAAGAAGUCAGUAAUUAUCGGAUUAACUUCCUUUUUGUAAAGGGGAACUAUAUUUGCUACUCUCUAAACAUCAGGUACCUCACUUGGGAUACAAAUAUUUAAAGAUCUCGACCAGAGCCCCGGUAAUCUCUUUCCUUGCCUCCCAUAGCAGUAUGGGAUAAAUAUCUUCUAGCUCUGGGAAUUUAUCCACCUUUAAGCCCGCUCAGACGUUGAACAUCUUCUAUUAUACUUACACCUUCACCUUUCCUGAAUUCUCCAACUACAAAGUCCAGGAAUGCUGAUGAAAAGUGCUCUUAGGACCUCACCAAUACCUUCUGGUUCCACACAAUGAUUGUUCCAUUUGUUCCUCAUGGGUCCAACUAUUUUCUAUAUAUAUAAAACAUUUUUUUAUUUACCUUAAUCCAGUCUACCCAUGAACCCUGUUUGCCUUCCUUAUUUCUUUUAAGUGCUUCCCUACACUUUUUAUACUCUUGACAGGCCUGCCCCAUCUUUAGUUCUUCCCUUUUUAUCCAUUCAGUCUGUGACGUGUCUCCCUAAUAUAUCCAGGAUUUUCUACUGUCCAAGGCAUGACUGUUUUCUUGUAAUUGAAAGUAGCACAAACUAUAAAGGAUUGUCUAAAAUAGAUGACCCUGAUUAUAAAAUUACACAUGCAAAAUUACAUAGAAUUUACAGCACAGAACAGAAGACCUUUCAACUCAGCUGUCUGCAGCCAUGCAUUUCCACGUAAACCUUCAUCAUCCCUACAUAUUCUAAGCCAGCCUAUACAUCCAUCUAGUCAUUUUCCCUCUUUUGUAGCUUCAUGCUGAAGGAAUCUCUCCAAGAGAUAGCAAGUUCCACAUUCACCAUCUCAAGUUUCUCCCGAAUUCUUCUGUGAACUUGUUAUUUACUACCUUGUAUUUAUGGCCAGUACUUCUGGAACAAAACAAAGUCGCUAUCAAUAUAAAAAUGCUCAUUUUCACACUAUGUUAGUUGGAUUAUGCUGCUGUAAUGUCAGUUAUGUUAUUGACUGCUUUGUGAUCUCAGUUGAGCUCAGAACUGUUCAAGGCAGUAAAAUGUCUGGUGAGACCAUUGUAAUAUCAUGUAGGUAUUAUUUGCUAACUCUGGGACAUCCUAUUUGCAAUGAAAAAUAAUGAGCUAUUGCUGAUGCACUUGUGACUUCAUCAACUUGUCUAAUAGCACCUAGCAUCCUAGGAAAUAUUGAUGAUAGUUGAGUAAUAGUUCAUGGCAAUUGUCAAUAGAAACCAUCUUUCCUUAGUUAUCAGAAAGUUCUUGCAUUCAAGUUCCAAAGAGAAACUUCAUUGUCUUCUAAAUAUGAUCUAUAAAACUUUCAAACUCAGAAAAAGUCUACACAUGACAGGAAUUGUACUUCUUUCCAUUAACAAUAUGUGGUUAACAUUUUUUUGGUAGAAAAAAAGACCCAAAAGUUACUCACAAUAUAAUGGUAAGGUUCAUGGUGCUCACCUUUACUGAAAGCCAAAUUCACAGCAAAUUUAGGCAAGUACACAGUUAAACUUAGUGAUGUAAAAGUUGUAAUUCAACAAGGGCUUCUCCACUCUUAUGCUGUUAGCUUUAAGAAAAUGACAUUUAUUGAUAGGGUACCCUUUCAAGUUUAUUGAAGAACUUUAUGUUUUGUAUUUGUAUAAUAAAGUCAAAGUAAACUUGAUAUGGAAAGUUAAAUCAGGCUAUUCAAAUAAAAGCCUUUUAACAGCUUGAUAAAGUGGCUAUUAACACCAGUCAACCUUGCUGGCACUAAGAAUAAAUUGUUUGCACAUUGCUUCAGGUUUUGGUUAAAUCAGAUUACUUUAUUGCAGAUUUAUUUUUCUUUUGGCUCUUUUUUUAUUUAAAGCCAUUGUUUUUCUCUUUAUUUUUCUAUCUGUUCCAGCUUUGAUAUUGAAUUAUUUCACUAACUUGUACACCUUCCACUAUUUAUUUUACAAUCCUUUAAUCUGAUUGAUGGCUCAACAAGAUCCCACCUAGUUUGCUUCUUCAUUCAGACCCGAGGUGCUGUAUUGAUGCAAUCAAGCUCUGCCUUUCUCAGAAACUAAGCAAUGUAUGGUGAAAAAUGUCAUAGUUAUCAAAUGCUAAGGGCAAGUUGAAUGUCAAAUGUUGUGUAUUGACCCACAGGUUUUGAGUAAUAUACUCUGUGUCUCACAAAUGAAAUGUUGGUUUGUUUCCAAUGUUAACAAUGAACUUGAUCUUUGACAAUUCUCUGUAUUCUGCGAUAUUAGUUCAAUGAUGGUCCAUUUGAAAAGGGAAGUGGAUUUGGAUGAGCCACAAUGCACAUUUUUCAAUUAUGCACAGGGAAUGAAUCUUGGGGUGGCCUAGUGACAGAUCAGGUAGUGCUGCUGCCUCAUUGCUUCUGCAACCCAGAGUCAAUCUUAACAUUUGCUGCUGGGUGGAAGUUGUAUGUUCUUUGUGUGACCUUGGAGCUUUACUCAGGUGCUCUGGCUUCCUUUCAUAUCACGAAAGCAGGUUGGUUCAAGCUGAUUAGUUACUGUAAGUACUCUAAUGCAGGUGGGUGAUAUGAAAAUCAGGCUGGAGUUGAGAGAUAAUAAGUUUCAGGGAACUGGGUAGGGGAAUGUGAUUGUUCUGUGAGCCAGUAUAGACUAAUAGGCCAAAAUGCCCUCCUCUAUCAUAAGGGAACAUAGGUAAUGUAGGAUUAGUUGUGAGGGAUGCUAAUUUACUUUAAAAAAAGUGUGCAAACACUUGGGAAGCAGUUAACUGUUGAGUCCGGAAAUUUGUUUAUCCAGCUUAUGUGAUAUUGUGUAGCAUAUUGGAAUUCAGCGAUAUGGGCCAAAUAUAGUUAAGAAUCUCUGUGCUCAUGUCGUUCACACAGAAAGAACAUUCUUCACAGCAAAUGUUUAGUACUUACUAUGAUUCACAAAGUAACAACCAGGGAAGUUUGAAUGUGCAUUUUUUAAAUGAUAUGUUUCUAUAUCAUUCUUAACAUAAUUUAACAAUGAGGCAAAUUAUGCAAAAUAAGAAAUGACAUUUUAAAAAUAUCCAAAGCAGAUGCAUGUUAAAAAAACAUGAAAUUAAAAGUAAUUAUUUUACCUUCAGAUGCAUCUGUACAUAUUACUAUGUAACAGCACUUUGGGAAUGUACAAUUCAGUUCAAAAGGGACAUGUAAGCUUCCUGUUCUGCAAACAAUUUCUGUCAGUUUUAUUUUGACUUGUAUUUAAAAUAGGUUAGUUUUUUUUCUGUGAAUAUUUCCUAAAUGUUUAUCUUAAAAGACUGCCAAUUUCUAUCAGUUUUGUUAUUCAUAAGUGUAAAUCUGAAAGCGGCAAUUGUUAACAUUCAGAUGGGAACCAUGGCUGAAUGCCGUUUACAAACAUUGCAUUUCUUUCAGUGAAGCCAAGCUGCAAAAUGCACUGUGCCCUGUCUAAUUCUAUGAAGCAGAAUUGGGUAACUGUUAUUGGAGUUGUUGAAUUAUUUACAGUUAAAAACAUGUCAGAGGUUUCUUACGUGUCUGAGGUGAUGCUCUUUAUUUCAUCAGGUACGGGAUAGAAUAAUGCUAAUCACUAGUCAGGUGGUUAUGUCAUUUUUUGCAGCUUUGUUUUCGAGUUAAAAGUGGUGCAUCACUUUUAGCUAUAAGGGAUUUAAAGAGAAAUCAUUGUAUAUAUCUCUUAAAAAGAGAAAAAUGCCAAAAUACAACUCGCUAUGUUGUUUAUUCAUCAUCUACUUCAGAUUCCAUGUUUUGUCAGGAACACAGUUCAACUAUAUGACAUGUAUUAAAGUUUUCUUCAAAUGUACUACAAACUUACUUUUAGCUUUUAAAAUAUGUGCAAUGAUCACAUGCUUUAUAAUAAACUGAAACAGCCUAAAGUAAACACAAGUCACAUGUUUGUGAAAAAUUACAGAUUUUAGAAUAUUAACUUUAUUUUUUCCUUUCUUAACAUCCUCCUAAUGCUGAAGUGUAUGGAGACAAUGAGAAUGGGUUGGGAAUCUAAUGGUGGUCAUUAGCUACUGGUACACAAAAAAGGUCAUCCUUAGAAUUUCCUUCUCCACAUGAAGAUUCUUCAUGUUUUUACUGCAAAGACCCUCCCCACUCCCCCCCCCCCCCAGUCAAAUCAACACUGGGCCAAGUGAAUGCACCAGACCCAGUACAGCAUCAGAAAUGUUAAUUUAUACAUCUGCAGCGAAUUGAUGUGCCACCUCUGUGUGGCAUGACCUAUUGCAGCAGUGCACUGAGAAAAUCUGGCACACCUUGGAUA